CCUCGUUCUCUCCCCAGGCGGGGCAGGGGCUCGGGCGGCUGCGGCGGGGGGGCCGGCCCGGUGCAAAAUCUCGGGGGCUGCGCUUGCAGGAGGGCUUGAGCCCGGCUGGGCCCUGGGGGUGGGGGGCGCUGCCUCCCCCCUCCUCCCCCCCUUUUUGUGCGUGUGCGUGCAGCACCCUUCGCUCUCGCUGCUGUGAGAUGAAUUUUUAAUUAUUCCCCGGGAAAAAAAAGAAAAAGAGAGAGAGAAGAAGAAGAAGACGAGGAGGGGAAAAGAUCGGCUCGGAGGAGCCCCGGCCCGGGCAGGGGGCGAGCGGGUCCCUCCCGGCUGCGCAGCGUAUGUGACCUGCCGGAGGCUGCCACCACCUUUUCCAGCGUUCAGUCAUGGACACCGACACCGUGCCCCCGCAUGAAGCCUCGUUGACAGUUAACGAGCAGGUGAUUGUGAUGUCGGGUCAUGAGACCAUUCGGGUGCUGGAGGUGGGGGUGGAUGCUCCAAUACCUGUGGAGAAUGAAGGAAAAACUCUGAAAACUGCAGCAGCAACCAGAGAAGAGGCUCCUGUGAGCUGCCCUCCGGAGCCCAGUGAAAUGGGAAGGGAAGGGGUAGAGCAAAACCCAGCAAAGGCAUCGGGAGAGUCAGGUGGUGAAGUAAAGGCAUUACCUGAAAUAACCCCCGCACCUAUCCCAGGAAUCGUCCCCUUCAGCCAAGUGACAAGCCAGCAAACACAAACUCUAACGCCCGUCACACUGCAAGCUGCACCGCAGGUCUUGACUCAGGAAAACUUAGCAACAGUUGUGACAGGCGUUAUGGUUCCAGCAGGGGCAGUUACUCAACCUCUUCUUAUCCCCAUCAGUAUUGCAGGUCAAGUGGCAAGUCAGCAGGGGCUGGCUGUGUGGACAUUUCCUGCAGCAACGGUUGCUGCCCUCCCAGGACUGACGGCUGCCUCUACUACUGGGGGAAUUUUCAAAUCACCUAUAGCCAAUUUGCAAGCUGCCGCAGUGCUGAACACGGCAAUACAAGCCCCUUUGCAGCCAGCACAGCCUCUCCAGGCGCAGCAAACAGUCCAGCCGCGGCCACCAGCCCAAACACAGACUGUGUUCCAGCCUCAGGCUCAGCCAGCCAUUUUGCCGCAGCCUGCCGCAGCGUCCACACCGCCUGUCGCCAAGCCCUUGGAAACGCCAACCCAGAUAACAGUUCAGCCAGCAGGAUUUGCCUUUAACCCUGGAAUAAUCAGUGCGGCUUCUCUGGGAGCCCAAACUCAGCUCCUCAGCUCCCUGGCUGCUACACCAGUAAUUGCAAACACCAUUCCUAGUGUGCAAGGGAUAACUGGACAGAUCCUGACCAAUGCUCAGGGACAGGUCAUUGGGACUCUUCCGUGGGUGGUGAACCCAGCUGGAAUUGCCACAGCCAACGCCGCCCCGGCCACAUUGCCGGCGCAGAACCUACAGCUGCAGGCAGUGACGCCACAGCUGCUUUUGAAUGCCCAAGGCCAGGUCAUUGCCACCUUGGCUAGCAGCACCAUCCAGACAGCGGCACCAGCAGCAGCUGUUAGAAAACCUAGCACGCCAGAAACUCCAGCAAAGAGUGAGGUCCAGCCAAUUCAACCCGCCCCAACUCUGCCACAGCCAACCGUAGUCAUUGCAAGCCCACCCCCUGCAUCCAAGCUAGCUUCUGCUCCUGUCCCUAUCACCUGCUCAGAGACUCCGACUGUCAGCCAGCUGGUUUCCAAGCCUCAGCCUCCAAACAGCGGAAGCGACGAAGAUGGGAUCAAUCUGGAGGAGAUUAGAGAGUUUGCCAAGAACUUCAAGAUCCGGCGCCUGUCUCUGGGUCUAACGCAGACGCAGGUGGGGCAGGCAUUGACUGCUACCGAAGGACCCGCGUACAGCCAGUCGGCUAUAUGCAGGUUUGAGAAGUUGGACAUCACUCCCAAGAGCGCCCAGAAGCUGAAGCCCGUGCUGGAGAAGUGGCUGAGCGAGGCCGAGCUGCGGAACCAGGAGGGCCAGCAGAACCUGAUGGAGUUUGUGGGCGGCGAGCCGUCCAAGAAGCGCAAGCGCCGAACCUCUUUCACGCCGCAGGCCAUCGAGGCCCUCAACGCCUACUUUGAGAAGAACGCCCUGCCCACGGGCCAGGAGAUCACGGAGAUCGCCAAGGAGCUCAACUACGACCGGGAGGUGGUCCGGGUCUGGUUCUGCAACCGGCGACAGACUCUCAAAAACACCAGCAAACUCAACGUCUUCCAGAUCCCUUGAAGGCCGGGGCUGGGCAUCAAGCCUCUUGCGUACCCUGUGCGUUGCUGCUGUGAACACUUUGUGGUGAAUAUUUCCCUGCACCUGCUGACCCUUUUGACAGUAAAGACUGGAGCGGAAGGAGUGAGAUACGGGGUUUCCUCUGGUUUCAAUGUGUCCCGGCCUUUUCCCCACCCCUCACAUGACCCAAAUCGUGUAAUUGUCAGCUGUGUCCUUCCUUCCUUCCUGAGUGUUGUACUGGAGCUGUGAAGGGUUUUAGGAAUACAUAACGCAUUUAGCUUCUUUCUGUGUCAGACAAAACAUUAUCAGGGUUUUUGUUUUCUGAAGGACUUCCUGUGGGGUUUUUUGUUUUUUUAAGAUAGCGUUAGGGAUAGCAGCAGAAUAGCACCCACCAGAAAUUCCUGUUUCAUUUCAAGGAGAAUGUGUGAAACCCUAUUUCACUUCAGCCUAUUUUCAUGGACACUUUUAUCUC